UACUUAAAACCUUAUUAAUAUUUCCAUCCAUUUAGUUGGGUACCUUCUCACCACACACACAUGUAUAUGUAUGUAUCUAUACAUGAGUGUGUCUUAGUGAAAUAUUUUGUGAGUCAGCCCAUCAUUUACUGCAAGAACUGGAGGCUGUAUUUCCGUUUCCUUGCACUGGAAUAAUAGACAGCUUGUCAUUGGCUACAACACACAUUACAUACUACACAAACCAACUUGAUAGAACUACAUAACACUGUCACAUACCAAACUACUCAGAACUUCUGCUAGUUCUAUAACUUUGUUACCAGAACACUGAAACAAUACAGUAACAAGUGUAUAAACCACUAACAACUGUUGAUUGAAAAUGUUUCCAGGUGUAUUGUUGGUGUUGUUUCUUGUUCAUAACUGCUGGUGCGUGGAUCAUACCUACUAUGUGAAAGAGAACAAUGAUAUACACAGCUUUAUUGGAGAUAUUGUCACUGAUACACACUUACUGGAUGAUAUACAGUCUCAAGACAACAGCGACAAACUGACAUUUAAAAUACUCCAGGGUAGCACUGAUGGAAGUGUUCAGUUAUUCAAUGUUACACCUGGAGGACAACUGCACACAGCUGCCAUAUUGGAUGCAGAAUCUCUGUGUCAAUAUAAUGUGGAAUGUUUUAGAAUACUGGAAAUAGCUGUUCAGCAUGGUCAUUCUUUCUUCAAGAUAUUAGAAAUCAAAGUUAUGAUAAAAGAUGUCAAUGAUAAUUAUCCUAGUUUCCCAAACAAAGAAUUUCAUUUAAAAUAUGAUGAAAGUGCAUUAAAAGGAACAAAAGAAACACUUCCAAAUGCCAUUGAUAAUGAUAUUAGCAUUCAGAAUUCUAAGCUAACUUACCAACUCAAAGAGAAAGUGGAUAUACCAUUUCAGCUGUUUGUUUCUAAAAAACCAGAUGGAACUGAUCUAUUACAACUAAUUUUGGAAGGUAACUUGGACCGUGAGACAAAAGACACUUACAAUAUUCAGUUAAUUGCAAAAGAUGAAGGAUCUCCGUCAAAGGAAGGUGUAUUGGAUAUAAAAAUAUUUGUAGAAGAUAAAAACGAUAACUACCCUGUAUUCUCCCAGAAUAUUUACAAUGUCACUAUAAAUGAUACACAUAACGUAAACAAACCUGUUGUAAGGUUGUCUGCUACAGAUUUAGAUGUAGGAGAUAAUGGAAGAAUUUCUUAUGUCUUCAAUAAUGCUAAAACACCCAAAAUAAUAAAAGAGUGCUUUCAAUUAGAUGAAGCAACAGGAGAAGUAUUUUUGAAGAAAGACUUUAAUUUUGGUAAAAUUUAUGAGCUAUUUAUUGAAGCCAGAGAUAAUGGUAGCCCUUCAUUGUCUUCACCUGUCACUGUUCUUAUUAAUGGAAUCAGUUAUUUCAACAAUCCACCAAACAUUGAUCUUAAAUUUGUUAUAGAGUCAACUGGAAACACAGCUGUCAUCUCAGAAGGAACUAAAAUUCACAGUUUUGUUGCUUAUGUCAAAGUUAUUGACAAUGACAAUGGAGUAAAUGGCCAAGUGAAGUGUCAUUUACAAAAUAGAUACCUUCAGCUAAUCUCAUUAUCUGGAAAGAAAUACAAAGUUGUUGUCAAGAGUGAAAUAGAUAGAGAGAGUGAGAAGAGCUUUAAUUUCACCAUUAAAUGUCAAGAUAAUGGUUUAACUCCAUUGAAAGUAGAGAAACAGUUUUCUGUGCUGGUCACUGACAUAAAUGAUGUACAACCUCAGUUUAGUCAGGACAUAUUUAAGUUUCUCACCUAUGAAAAUGAACACAAAGACUUCCCUGUUGGAUAUGUCAACGCCACAGACCCAGAUAUUGGAGAUGGAGGACAAUUAACCUAUUCUCUAUUAUCUAAUGGAAAAGAUAUUCUACCAUUUCAGAUAUCUGAUGUGGGAUUCAUUUCCACAACUGAGUCCCUAGACAGAGAAGAAAAGAACCUAUAUGAGUUUAAGGUUUUAGUAAAAGAUAAAGGAACACCAUCACUGGAGAAGAGAGCAAAUGUUGUAGUUGAGGUUAUGGAUUUAAAUGACAAUGCUCCCUAUUUCAGUUUCCCUAAUGUUGACCCUUUCAGUCUUAAUGUCCACUACCAUCCCCACUCUGACCAUGAUAUCACAGUUGUUAGGGCCUCUGACAGAGACAGUCAACACAAUGCCUUCCUCACAUAUGAAAUACUCAGAGGUAAUGAGAAACACUUAUUUCAAAUGAACCAUCACUCUGGUGUCUUAUCUUUCUCUCGCUCACUUUACCAAAAUGAUGCUGGAUUCUAUGAACUGGAAUUAGGUGUGAAAGACAGUGGCAGUCCAGUUCUGUCAUCGACAACAACUUUGUCUUUGACUCUAACAGUUAGUAACACCACAUCAAAGAUAUUUAAGACCCCUUCAAAGACAACAACAGAAUCAAGUAAUGGUCUCCAAUUGAAUGUGAUGAUUGUUAUUGUUGUAGCAGCUGUGAUCGUAUCAGUUGUCAUAGUGAUCUCUAUAUCAAUCUGUAUAGUUCAUAGACUGAAGCAGACAGACAACAACUAUAACAACAGUGUUGAUAUGUACCACAAGGUUACACCUGCAUUAAACGUACAAUCAAAAUAUAUAUUUGAUCCUACCUGUGUUCCUUCUGGAGUUCAGUACACAAUGCAGAGAAAUCUGAAGAAGCCCCAACAACCAAUCAUAGACAGAGACGAUAUUCACUGCAGAACUAUAUCAUAUGAUAGCUGGGGUAACCCAUCUUUCUCUGAACCGCAUCAACAGAUGUUUGUUCCAAGAGAAGAAAGUAUGUCUCCUGGUUACAGAGAACUAAACAGUUCUGACCAAUUCAAUGAGAUGUCAACGUUGUCAUCUCACACUGAUAGGGGUCAUGGAUGGAGUGUCGGCAGUGCUGGUCACUAUGAGGAACUGCCAGAUCUAUGUCGUUAUCAAAGUGAUCAUACAUGGAAUAGGAGAAACCACCCUCAACACACUCUCGACAGAUCAAGGGGAGAUAACAGCAAUGGAUAUCCCUACCAACCAAAUGUUGACAAGAGCCCUUCUUAUCAUCUCGACCAAAUACCUUUCACUACAGCUGGGACCACAUCUAAUACAACUGAACAAUCACCUACGGUGCCAAUGACAAGUGCCUUUAUUUCAAACUGUAAACCGCUUCUGCCAGCUGUACCUAAAGUAACAACAUUACCAAAGGUACCUUCAAUACCUCAAGUACCACCUCUAUCAGCACCACAAAACUAAUGCUGCACUAUUUAGAAACCAAUGACAGGUAGCAGCAGAACUAGAACAAGGACUGCCUAAAAUUCCUGACCGUAUCUU